AUAAAUGUACAGAAGACUAGCCUCCGGCUUAUAUCAGACUUCCCAAAGAAGAAUCGCACAAGUUCAGCCGAAAUCAGUAUUUGUCCCAGAAACAAUUGUAACGACACUUCCGAAUGGGUUCAGAGUUGCAACAGAAAACACAGGUGGAUCUACUGCUACUAUCGGAGUAUUUAUUGAUGCCGGCAGUCGCUACGAGAAUGAGAAAAACAAUGGAACAGCUCAUUUUCUAGAGCAUAUGGCGUUCAAAGGAACGCCUCGCCGGACUCGAAUGGGAUUGGAGCUUGAAGUUGAAAAUAUUGGAGCUCAUCUAAAUGCGUACACUUCUAGAGAAAGCACGACGUAUUAUGCUAAAUGUUUUACAGAAAAGCUUGACCAAUCCGUCGAUAUUCUUUCGGAUAUUCUUCUGAACAGCAGUCUUGCCACUAAAGAUAUCGAAGCAGAACGUGGUGUAAUUAUUCGAGAAAUGGAAGAAGUUGCACAAAACUUUCAAGAAGUUGUAUUUGAUAUUCUUCAUGCUGAUGUUUUCAAAGGAAAUCCUCUUUCCUAUACAAUUCUUGGUCCAAUUGAAUUAAUUCAAACAAUCAAUAAGAAUGAUCUUCAAGGAUAUAUUAAUACACAUUAUCGAAGUGGCAGAAUGGUAUUAGCAGCAGCCGGAGGUGUCAAUCAUGAUGCGAUUGUUAAAAUGGCAGAAAAAUAUUUCGGAGAGCUCAAGCAUGGAGAUUCUUCAACUGAAUUCGUCCCAGCCACUUACAGUCCCUGUGAAGUUCGAGGUGACAUUCCAGAUCUUCCAAUGUUGUACGGAGCGAUGGUUGUCGAAGGAGUAUCUUGGACCCAUGAAGAUAAUCUUGCCCUUAUGGUGGCUAAUACGCUAAUGGGUGAAUACGAUCGUAUGCGUGGAUUCGGCGUGAAUGCUCCAACUCGCUUGGCUGAAAAAUUGUCACAAGACGCAGGAAUUGAGGUUUUCCAAUCAUUUAACACGUGCUAUAAAGAGACAGGAUUAGUUGGAACUUAUUUCGUAGCUGCUCCGGAAUCCAUCGACAAUCUUAUUGAUUCAGUUCUUCAACAAUGGGUUUGGCUUGCGAACAACAUUGAUGAAGCAGCGGUUGAUCGUGCCAAGCGCUCCCUGCAUACGAAUCUACUCCUAAUGCUCGAUGGCUCAACUCCAGUCUGUGAAGAUAUUGGUCGACAACUCCUUUGCUACGGUCGUCGGAUACCAACUCCAGAAUUACAUGCCCGAAUCGAAUCAAUCACAGUCCAGCAGCUCCGAGAUGUUUGCCGACGUGUAUUCCUUGAAGGACAGGUCUCUGCAGCAGUUGUUGGAAAGACGCAGUAUUGGCCAGUUAAUGAAGAAAUUCAUGGAAGAUUGAUCAGAAUGCAAUAGAUACAUGUGUUAUAGUUUAUUUGUUAGACAAACGUUUUGUUUUUGGUAAAAAUAAAUUCUAAAAACCCGUCAA